AUGACGCCCACCUCGGCACCGGUGCCGACACCGACGUCGGCGUCGGGCCCCAAUAACCCCGUCGCCAUGAGCCAGCUGGGGACCGUCUACGCCACCAAGAGACGGCGUCGGAACGGAAAGAGCUUGAAACCACCGCAGAAAGACGGGGUGACAAAAUCGAACCCCAGCAAGCGGCAUCGGGAACGAUUGAACGCCGAGCUGGACACGUUAGCGUCGUUACUUCCUUUCGAGCAAAACAUCCUCAGCAAGCUCGAUCGACUCAGUAUCCUCAGACUCAGCGUAAGCUACCUCCGCACCAAGAGCUACUUUCAAGUGGUGAUGCACAAGGAUAAGGAAGAGAAUUCACACCACGAUUCGCACUACAGGGCGAGAGAGUUGGCGGCGCUCGCCGCUUAUGACCAUCAUCACCUCGACGGCGAAAUGUUCCUACAGGCACUGAACGGGUUCCUGCUAAUACUGACCUGCGACGGGGAAGUGUUUUUCGCUACCCACAGCAUAGAGAGUUACCUUGGCUUCCAUCAGUCUGACAUCGUCCAUCAGAGUGUCUACGAAUUGGUGCACAGCGAGGACCGGGAGGAACUGCAGCGACAAUUAAUGUGGAAUUCGUUCCUUCCCGCCGAAAGCGCGAGCCUGCCGUUGCACGAUGCACUCUCGCCCCAACACAGUCAUCUGCUCGAACGCAGCUUCACGGUUCGCUUCCGCUGUCUUCUGGACAAUACAUCCGGUUUUCUGCGCCUUGACAUCAGGGGUCGAGUUAAAGUGCUUCAUGGUCAGAAUCGGAAGACAGAGGAGCCACCGUUGGCUUUAUUCGCCCUGUGCACACCGUUCGGUCCUCCUUCGCUAUUGGAGGUGCCGCAGAAGGAAGUGAUGUUCAAGAGCAAGCACAAAUUGGAUCUUGCGCUCGUGACAAUGGACCAGAGAGGGAAGAUGCUUUUGGGAUAUUCCGACGCGGAACUGACGAAUCUGGGUGGCUACGAUCUAGUCCAUUACGACGACCUGGCCUACGUCGCCAGCGCGCAUCAAGAACUAUUGAAGACCGGUGCGUCGGGAAUGAUAGCCUACAGAUUUCAAACGAAGGACGGCGGCUGGCAGUGGCUGCAGACCAGUUCCAGAUUGGUCUACAAGAACUCGAAACCAGACUUCGUGCUGAGUACUCAUCGACCUCUCAUGCAAGAGGAGGGCAGAGAUCUGCUCGGCAAGCGCACGAUGGACUUCAAGGUGAGCUAUCUGGACGCCGGACUGACCAACAGUUACUUCUCGGACAGCGACAGUCUGACGGGGUCGGUGAUGACGCCGACGUUACCAGCGCAGCCGGCGCCUCAGAGGGUGAACAGGAGGUACAAAACGCAGCUACGUGACUUCCUGUCGACCUGCCGCAGCAAACGCACCAAGCUCUCCGCUCAGUCGUCGGUCUCGCCGCCCGUCACGCCGACGGUGGCGUCCGUCGACUACCUCGCCGCGGACACCAGCGCGGCGGCCGCGGUCGCAGCUGCCUAUAGCAAUCUGAACACCAUGUACCCGACGCCGUACGCGCCCACAGCGGUCGCAGCUAGCACCGACCCCUCCUUGACGACUUACAUCGGUCACACGGGCAACUACCAUCAGACUCUCUAUCCUGCCACCGCGUUAGACAACAGGUACCUCACAGCCGCGACGGAGAACCUGUUCCAAUACAGGCCGCUGGGCUCGUACUACCCGGAGUACCACACCGGCACCGCGUACAACGGCUUCAUCGACGUCUCGCUGCCCACGUACGAGACCCAUCAGCUGACAAGCAAGACCGAGGAGAAGCUUUACUGCCAGCAGCUCGGCAGCGGCGAGUCGCCGAAAUACAGCUACGUGGAGACGAGACACCCCGGCAGCGUCAGCAGCUCGCCCUACGCCGCCAGCCCAGUGGCGAGCGCGUCCACGAUGCACCCAGCGACGGCCGACAUCAACGUCGUGCGCGCCGGGAGCAGGCACUCGCUGGAGGGUGGCGCGUCGUCCAGCAACUCGGCGGGUAGCUCGCCGGUGACCGGCGCGGCCAACGGCGUCUUGACGCCGAAGAUGGAGGACGUGAAACCCGAAGUCUACGGCAGCAACGAGACGCCGCGGCAGACCGUGCUGAUGUGGGGCGCGCCGCCGUCCCGCACGCCGCCCAGGAACAACGGCAGCUAUAGCCCGCCGACGCCGCACUCGACCCACUCGUCCACGCAUUCGACCAACGCCACCGGUGAUCCGCUCAAGUCGUUGGCGGAGAUGAACUCUAUGAACGGGGACUGCAAGUGGCGGCAGACCUCCCCUACGGAUCAACAAGUGACCGCGCCGAGUCCGCCGAGGAACAACAAAACUCAGCAGCCCCCGUCUCAGCAGCAUCACCAUCCGCAGCACCAGCAAUACCCGGUGACCACGUCGCAGUACCAAGCGGCCGCGGCGGCCGCCGCCACCGGCACCAUCGGAUACACGCAUCCUCAUCCGAGCCAUGGCCACGGGGAAGCGGGCUCCGAGGUAUGGCAAGGAGUGCAACACCACCAUCACUACCAGUACUAUCCCUACCACCAUCACCACCCCGCACCACCAAGGCACACGCCCCACACGCCACCGUCGGCUGCGGGAACGGGGACGGCGGGGGUGGGAACAGGCAUGGGCAUGGGCACCGGGGCGGACAACAGCACCAGCAACAGCAACGUCUUGUACCACCCUCCGCACCACCACCACCAUCAUCACGUAGUGGGAUCAUCAGCGGCGGCGGCGGCAGCGGCGGCGGCAGCAGCGGCGGGAAUGGGCCCAACUGUCCCGCAGAUUCCAAACCGGACGCCGGGAGUCCUCUGUUGUCCAUCUCUGAGGUGA